GUCCCAUCUUUUUCACUUUCAGGGUUUUGGGUUUUGAGUUUUGAACAAGAAAGUUAACAUCUUGAUGUUGAAUUCUGACAAGGGCUUUCAAGAUUAAACUUGGGUGAAUUUCAUUGUUGUUUGCAGUCGUGUCCUGAUGGGAUUGUGAUCCGUACUUUAUCUACAAGCCUUCAACUUGGAUUAUUCGAGACUCUAAGAAACAAAGCAAUUGCUACCAAUGAUGGAAUGGCAUUAACUCUUUAUCAGGAAGCUUCUUGCGGGUUGAUUGCCGGGGCAGCUGAGGCAUACUUCAGUUUUCCAUUUGUUUCUGCAUGUCUCCCGCGGGUUGAUCCCACGACUUUAUCAGUAGUGCUGCGUGCCAAAUACAGAAACAUAUUUGAUGCUCUCUACUCUAUGAGUGCCAAUAAAAAAAUUUCAGCACUAUGGACAAAUGCCGGUCCUUAUGUGAAGACAAGAAUGGGGACUAAUGUGGGUAUGCUCACAUCAUAUAAUCCAAGCCUUUGUUAUCUCAGAGACUCAUGUGGUUUAAGCGAAACAAGAGCACAGCUGGGUGCAAGUGCGGUUUCAGCGUUCUUCGGUGCAGCAUGCUCUGUACCAGUAAAAAAUGUUCUAGCACAAGGGAAAAGUGGCUCCUCCCUGGAUUGUGCCCUUAAAAUUCUAAAAUCGAGAGGACCCCUUGCAUUCUUUUCAGGAUUUUCUAGACAGUUUGCACUUGUUGGACCUCCUAUCAUGAUUCUGUGGUUUGCUUAUGAAAAUGUUCGGAAACUCUAACGAUGAUGGAAUUGGACUGGAGCAAUCUAAAUUCAAGAUAUUUAAAUGUGAAAUUGGUAUCCCACAGAUGCUGGCCGAACUCUCUGGUUAUCGGUUUUAUACUUUUAUUGAUCAACUUCGUUUCUGGCCUCAAUAUUUUGGGAGUUAUGAAUGUAAGCAAGCUGUAAAUUACAUAUCCGUUACAAGAAACUACUCUCUGACCUUGUUAAUAGGGAGGAGGACCUGACAAGACAAUGUAAAGGAGACAAUCUUGAUGCA